GAGGCCAGGGCAGAGUGGGCCCAGCACUAAUGGAGUACAUGACGAGUGUGCAUCAAUCAUGUGGCCACUGCUGGCUUAGGCCCUCAACUUCUGGCCUGAUCAGUCGCCUGGACUUGAGUUUUUUCAGCUAAGGAACCUGAGGACAAUAAGGAAAGAACGCCAGGGCCUGGGGACGGCCCUGAGUUCAGAUCCAGCUCCGGGAAGGACAGGUGGAAAAAAGCCACGCCCCUCGCUAAGCUCUGGGCCUCCGGGCAGGGCAGGCAGAUCCUGGCGCACUGCUGGCAUCCCUGUGCUCCCCUUCAGGCCACACUCCACUGAUCUCCCUCAUCUGGGCUGGAAACAAAAUAAAGAUCAAGCCUCCUGGUCGCCACGUGCCAUUCCUACUUCUUGGUUACUUUCACAUCAGCCUUUUAGGCACCUGCUGUCUGGGCUUCGCCCAUGGACAACACAGGAGACCCCUACCCAGGGACACAGAGCCGGGCUGCUGUCUUUCUGCUCACCUUCUGGGGCACAACAUGUACAAGGGCCAGGCCGCCCCGCCCCCAGCCACCCACUUCAGUGCGCAUGCGCCGCGACCCGACCUGGAAGAGGCAGUCUUCAGAGCCCACGUGUUCGACGAGCAUGGCGGAGACGGAGAGUACUGACGUUGCUGAGCCUCCGGCUCCGGGAGAGGCCCCGAAGAGUGGCGCCCGGCCUGCCGACCGUCAUGGCCUGCUCAAGCACAGCCGCGAGUUUUUGGAUUUCUUCUGGGACAUUGCGAAGCCGCAGCAGGAGACGCGGCUUGAGGCCACGGAGAAGCUGCUGGAGUAUCUGCGCGCAAGGCCAGAGGGAUCAUCCGAGCUGAAGUACUCCCUGAAGCGCCUAAUCACUGGGCUCGGGGUCGGACGAGAAACAGCCCGGCCUUGCUACAGUCUGGCCCUGGCGCAGCUGUUACAGGCUUUUGAAGACAUCCCCUUGGGCAGCAUCCUGCAGCAGAUACAAGAGAAAUAUGACCUGCAGAAGGUUAAGAAGGGGAUGGUGAGACCUGCUCUCUUUGGAAACCUGUUUGGGGUGCUAGCCCUCUUUCAGUCAGGCAGGCUGGUGAAGGACUCGGAGGCACUGAUGCAGUCGGUGAAGCUGCUGCAAGUCCUGGGCCAGCAUUACAGCCACUUGCAGGAGCAGCCCCAGAAGGCCCUGGUGGACAUCCUCUCGCAGGUCCCAGAGGCCAUGUUGCAGGAGGUCCUGCCAAAAGUCCUCAAGCCCGACUUGAAUUCAGUACUUGGUUCCCCUGAGCACCUGGAGCUCUUCCUCUUGGCCCAGCAGAAGGUGCCCAAGAAGCUGGAGAAGCUGAUGGGACCGGUCAACCUGUUCUCAGAUGAGAGCAUCCCCAGGCUGGUGACUGUGCUGAAGAUGGCGGCCACCUCUGUGAAGAAGGAACGCAAGCUGCCUGCCGUGGCUUUGGACCUGCUCCGCCUGGCGCUCCAGGAAGACAGCUUCCCACGGUUCUGGAAGGAAGUUGUGGAACAAGGGCUCCUGAAGAAGCAGUUCUGGCCGGCCAGCUACCUGUGUUUCCGCCUGCUGGGCGCGGCCCUGCCCCUGCUGUCCAAGGAGCAGCUGCAGCUGGUGACGCAGGGGGACCUGAUCCGCCAUUACGGGGAGCACAUGGUCACUGCUAAGCUCCCGAGCCAGUUCAAGUUUGCUCCAGAGAUGAAUGAGUACGUGGGGGCCUUCCUGAAGGGCUGCCAGGAUGACCCCGAGCGGCAGUUGGCCCUGGUGGUGGGCUUCACGUCCGUCACCAACCAGGGCCUCCCCGUCGUGCCUACCUUCUGGCGGGUCAUGCAGUUCCUGAGUCUCCCCGCCCUCAAGGGCUACGUGGCCUGGCUGCGGGACAUGUUUCUCCAGCCGAACCUGGACUCCUUGGUGGACUUCAGCACCAACAACCAGAAGAAAGCCCAGGACGCUUUGUUCCACGGGCCUGAGCGAGCCGUGUUCCGGCUACGGAAGUGGAUCAUCUUCCGCCUGGUCAGCAUCGUGGACAACUUGCACGCGGAGAAGGAGGAGGCCUUGAUUGAAGAGGUGGCCAGGUUUUGUUUUUUCCACUCAUUCUUCGAGACAAAGAAGCCCAUGUCCCAGAUCCCUGAGACCGAGCAGCACUUCUCUCACCCCCUGGACAGCCGGACCCGGGAGGUGGUGGGCAGUGCCUUCUUCAGCCUGCUGCAGACUCUCAGCACGCAGUUCCGGCAGGCGCCGGGGCAGACGCAGGACGGGCAGCCCUGGACCUACCACCUGGUGCGGUUCGCAGACCUGCUGUUGAGCCACAGCCGCAACGUGGUUCCCCUGGUGGCCUUCACCACGCAACAGCGCCAGGCCUGGGACCGGACUCUGAAGACUCUGAAAGAACUGGAGGCCCAGUCCUCAGAGGCCAAGGCCACUGCCUUCCAGCACCUGCUACUCCUGGUGGGCAUACACCUCUUCAAGUCCCCCACAGAGAGCUGUGACCUCCUGGGCGACAUCCAGACCUGCAUCAAAAAGAGCCUGGGGGAGAAGCCCCGUCGGACCCGCUCCAAGGCCACCAACCCGCAGGAGCCGCCGUGGGUGGAGGUGCUGCUGGAGAUCCUGCUGGCCCUCUUGGCCCAGCCCAGCCACCUGAUGCGCCAGGUGGCCCGAAGUGUGUUCAGCCACAUCUGCUCCCACCUGACUCCACGUGCCCUGCAGCUCAUUCUGGAUGUGCUAAACCCCGAGGAGAGCCAGAAUGAGGACGACAACGUGGUGGUUACAGAUGCCUCUGAGCGGCAGUUGCUGGGGGAUGCGGAGGACGAGAGCUCGGACGACGGCGAGGACAAGGGCAAUGAAGACUCGGAGAGCGAGGAGGAGGAGAGCAAUGACGAGGAGAGCGACGAGGAGGAGCGGGACGGGGACGUGGACCAGGGCUUCCGGGAGCAGCUGCAGGCGGUGCUGCAGGCAGGGAAGGCGCUGGGUGGAGCUGACGGCGAGGACGACGACGAGCUGGGGGAUGAGGCCAUGAUGGCCCUGGACAAGAACUUGGCCAGCCUCUUUGCCGAGCAGAAGCUGCGCAUCCAGGCCCGGAGGGACGAGAAGAACAAGCUACAGAAGGAGAAGGCACUCCGACGGGGCUUCCAGAUCAGGGUCCUGGACCUGAUCGAGGUGCUGGUGACCAAGCAGCCCGAGAACCCCCUGGUCCUGGAGGUGCUCGAGCCGCUGCUGCACGUCAUCCGGCGCAGCAUGCGCACCAGCAGCACGAAGCAGGAACAGGACCUGCUGCACAAGACGGCCCGCAUCUUCAUGCACCACCUGUGCCGCUCCCGGCAUUACUGCCGCAACGUGGGCGACCGCGUGGAGACUCUGUACGCCCAGCUGGAGCGGCUGGUGCAGCAGGCCGGUCGCCAGGCUGACUCCUCCGUCUGCCUCUACUACUUCAACGCCUCCCUCUACCUGCUCCGGGUCCUAAAGGGCAACACUGUGGGCAAGUCCACCUGCAAGGCCCAGAAGAAGGAGAAAGCCGCCACUGACACCGGCACCCAGCCCCAGGGCCCAGAGGCUGCCAGCUGCUUGGAUUUGAGCCUCGUGACCCCGAUCUACUCAUCGGCACUGAGCUCCUUCCUGACCAAGCGCAGCAGCCCGCUCACAGCUCCCAUGUUUCUCAGCCUCUUCUCCCGGCACCCGAUGCUCUGUAAGAACCUGCUCCCCAUCGUGGUCGAGCACGUGGCAAGCCACACGCGGCCCCGCCAUCAGGCCCAGGCCUGCCUGCUGCUCCAGAAGACCGUGCCCACGCGGGAGCUGAGGCUGUGCUUUAAGGACCCCGAGUGGGAGCAGCUGCUGGACCAGAUCCUGGCGAAGGUCACUGAGACCCUGCGGACGCUGGGUGAGGCCGAGACCAAGUCAGGGCGCCAGAAGGAGCUGUCUUCCUUGGAGCUGCUCAACGUUCUCUUCAGGAACAUCCAUCACGAGAAGCUGACGAUGGACCUGACCGCUGUCCUGGGCGUGCUGCAGAGCCAACAGCUGAGGCUGCAGCAGGGGCUACAGCAGGGGGCGCACUCGGCCGGCUCCAGCCGCCUCUAUGAUCUCUAUUGGCAGGCCAUGAAGUUCCUCGGAGUCCAGCGUCCCAAGUCAGAGAAGAAGGAUGCCAAGGAAGUCCCUAAGGCCACGCAGAGCCCCAUUAGCAUGAAGCGGAAGAAAAAGGGGUUCUUGCCAGAGACCAAGAAGCGUAAGAAACGCAAGUCCGAGGGCGCCACGCAGGAGGAGGCGGCCAAGCCCGCAGCCGCCAGUGGGGACCAGCCCCCCAGCACUGGCAAGAGGAAGAGGAAGAUCAAGCGCAAGGGCCCAGCCCAGUCCCAGGCGCAGGGGCUGCCUGCCUCCAAGAGUCCGACCCCAGACCCCCCUGCCAUGAGCCCCAGCAGCCCCGCCAAGACCCCAAAGCUGCAGAAGAAAAAUCGGAAGCUGUCCCAGGUGAGCAGAGCCACCCCCUUGUCUCCUGAGUCCCCCAAGGAGCCUGCUGCCAAAAAGCGUCAGAAGAAUCUGCCCCAAAAGGGGGUUUCAGGCAAGUCGCCGCAGUCCGCACUGCCUCGGAGAAAGGCCAGAUUGUCUUUGGCCAGCAGGAGCCCCAGCCUCCUCCAGAGCGGGGUCAAGAAGAAGGGGCAGCUGAAGAAGGCGAAAAAGCUGUGAGUGUCCCCAUCCGCCCUAGAGACUCCUAUUUUUUCACCGCGAUUUUAAUACACAAGCCACUGUCUGAGAUUCUACCUUCCGCGCCGGGGGUGGGAGGUCUGCUGCCAGCCUGCUAGUAGGUCCUGCCCCAGCAGGCGUGGCCUCAGAGACCCCAGCCCUGGGCUCGGCCCUGCCGCUGCUCUCAGGCACAGAGCACGCUUGGGACCUUGGCUCCCCAAGCGGUGUGGGCCAGGCCCAGGGCUCUGGUAUCUGGCGGGUGGGGUACAAGUGUGACCAUGCCUCAUAUCCCCCAGGCUGCUUUCCUGCGGGAGCCACUGGGGCGUGACUUAAAUAUCUUUAUUUCUUCAUUUACAAGAGGAAUAUAUUUGGCUUCUCUCUUAAGACUCAGAUUCACAAUGAGCAGCUCUAAAAAAUAAAGGAGCAGUUUGGCUUCCGGAAGGAAGAGGAAGCAACA